CUUCUCUAAUCAGACGGCCCACAAUCACCCCAGUCACCACCCUUUAUCUCGGCCGUUGAUUGCGUAAAAGCUACGCAAAUUUGUUAACCAGCCUUGUCCUCUAUAGUCUACUUGUUCUAGCCCAGAUAGUCUCCUCUCUCUCUCUCUCUCUUCCAUUUUCAUCUCGCUCUGCAAAUUCUCCAUUUUCAUUAAGAAAAUCUAACAGACAUUCACAUUGCUCCACAACCCAUCUCAGCCCAUCCAAUUCUCUUUAAGGUAAUGCUAAUUACACAUUCAUUAGCUCACUUUAUACAACCCUCUCUCUAGAAUUAUGAUAAAUGUUCUAUCCUUGAUCUCUCAUCAAUUCCAUUCUCAUUUGGGUUCAACCAGGAGGACACAAUGCCGGUUCCACCAUGGCUAGAACCACUGCUAAACACUGCCUUCUUCUCUGUGUGCCCGACUCACAGAGACUCAGCCAGGAGUGAGUGCAACAUGUACUGCUUGGACUGCAAUGGUGGAGACUCAUUUUGCUUCUAUUGCCGCUCAUCCAAUCAUAAAGAUCAUCAAGUUAUUCAGAUAAGGAGAUCUUCAUAUCAUGAUGUAGUAAGGGUUUCCGAGAUAGAGAAGAUAUUGGAGAUAAGUGGAGUUCAAACCUAUGUGAUAAACAGUGCAAGGGUGUUGUUUUUGAAUGAGAGGCCUCAGCCAAGGAGUAGUAGUGGGAAAGGAGUUUCUCACAUUUGUGAAAUCUGUGGGAGGAGCCUCUUGGAUCCAUUGCGAUUCUGUUCAUUGGGGUGUAAGCUUGUGGGAAUAAAGAGAAAUGGGAAUGCAAGCUUUACUUUAGAGGCUAAGAAUGAAGAAGUUAUGGAAAUUAGGAGAGGUGAAGGGCCGUCAAGGAGAGUCAUAUCGUCAUUGGCAUCGUCAUCAUCAACAGGAGAGGAAGGAGAAUUGGGUGAAGACUCACCACAAUGCAUAUACCCACCCAACCCAUGCCACCCCCACCUCCACCACCUCCUAAUGCAAGGAGGAGAAAGGGCAUUCCUCAUAGGGCACCUUUUGGUUCCUAACUAAUUACCCCCUUAUAAAGUUACUUUAUACAACUCAUUGUGGUUAAUUUGUUUCACAAAGUGCCCUUCUUUUAGGGGUUCCUUGUCUCCAAAGAAAAAAAAUUAAAAUGAGGUAACCAUAAAGUGUUUGGGUCCACGAAUAUAAAAAAUGUGCAUAGAAAGUUAAAGAGCAAAUUCUACACAUGCUCUCCGUAUUUUGUCUAUACUAUUUUAAUUGUAUCAAUUUUAUUUUUAAUUUUUUA